AUGCGCUUGGUAGCCAUAACAAUUUUAUUAGCAGUAGCCUGCUUCAGCCCGGGCAGAUCUCAGAAAACUGAGAUCUCAGCUAAGGAGAUCGAUAUCGCGCCAGCCCUGGCAAAGCUCGACAAAAACCUGCGACAGGUGUUGUUGAAGACGCUGACAGACCUGGAGGCUGAGUCGGCGGAGCAGCGGAAGGAUGAGGAUGAGAAAUCGCUUAUCAUGACUGCCGAGAAGAGCUACGACGAGGUCGUCAAGAGAAAUCUGAAUAAAAACCUCGGCGUGAUAUCAAAGGCAUCCUUCUCGUUCAACGGUUUCCCGGGAGAUGAAGAAAUUCCCAAUGAGGAGAAGCUGCAGAACUCUAGCUUUAUCGAGUCGAAAAAGUACGCUUCCUCGUCGGCGACGACCAUAGAAAAAGCGAGUCGCGACGACGCCGGAAGUUUUCACGUGCACAAUAUAAUUGUGCCGGACAAAACUUCGACAACUCACUCGCCGCGAACCGAGUCCAAGGUAGAUUCGCUGGAGUUGAGGAAAACUUCCGCGAGCUCGUCCUCGGUCAGCAAAAUCGACAGCAUCACGCUGAAGCCGAUCACGCAAAUAUCGGAGAGCUUGACGCAAAGCGCGAGUAGCAGGAUCUCGAGCGCGAACACGCUGAUCGCGCCGAAACCGACCGCGUCUAGUCCGACAGUUUCGCCGAAGAGCAACGUCACCUUGGAGUUUGGCAAGAAGGAAAAAGUUCAAGCGGAGGAGGUGAAGAUUUUCCAAGCUCCUCUGGUGGCGGCUUUCACGGUGCAGCAGGACGAGCUGGGCGUGCCGAAGAGCGUGGUGCCGAUUUACAGGCAGACCGGCGACGGACAGGCUCUGACUUUGCAAGAGCAGUUGGAGUUCAAGCAGAAGUUACUGGAGCAGCAACUGGCGGAGCUGCAGCAGCAGCAGAUCCAUCAGACUCAAUUUCUCAUCAGGCAACGCCAGCUCUACGAGCAGCAGCUGAGACAAAAGCAGCAGCAGCAGCAGCUGUAUCUCCAAGAACAGGCCAGGAUCAAGCAAUUUGAGGAGCAGGCUAAAAUCAAACAAUUGGAGGAGCAACGUUUCAAGCAGCUGGAGCAGCAGAGAAUCUAUCAUUUGCAGCAACAGAAUCACUUCCCGUUGCAGAAGCAGCAGAUCUUCGAGCAGGCAAAUUUCAUAUUGCCGCUCCAACCGUCUUUGGAGUCCGCCGUUCAUCUCCAACCGAGCGUGUCCUUGGAGCUUCCCACCGCUGCUUCGCCGCCGUUGUUCCGCACAAAUUACCAGGAACAACAGCUGCAUUUCCAACAGCUUCGUCAACAACCCCAACCGCACCAGCAGCUCCAGCAACCGCACCAGCAGCUCCAGCAACCACAUCAACAGCGACUGCAAAAUUUCGUUUCGUUUCCCACCGAUUUCCAGCCGCCUGUGGUUCCGGCCACGAGAUUCAACAGACAAGAGGCCUUCAAUGCGGUCGGUAAUUUCGGUUUCAAUCUAGACAACAAGCAGUCGCCUCCGUCCAAGAAUACCUUCAAUUUCAACGUGCCAGCGAGAAAUCCGAGUACAUUCGUUUACAAUCCCUACGUGCAAUACAGACAAGUACCGGUGAGAGCGCAGACGCCCGCCAAGCAGAUCCAACGCUUGCUAUAUCAAUCGGGCGUCGCCGGUGAGUUGGGCAACGUGCAGGGUCCGGGUGCCGAAGAUCUCAACAUCGUGUCCAAGGUAUUGGCACUUCACGUCGGAGCGUUGCCUAACAAGAACUAUCAGUUCAGCACGAGUAAUCGCGGCAAGCUGAACGCGUGAGUAGCCAGACGAGUAUACCGAUAUAAAAUUUCGACGAGUCGUGUAAAUUACUACAGGACGAUAUUAGCGAGGUGAAAUCGAGCUCUCUGUCUUUCCUUUCUCUUGUUUCUCUUUACUCUCCCUUACCUAUCUUCUUUUACCUCGUCGUCUCGAUCUGUCUUUUAUUAUCUACGUAGAAUUUAAUUUCUCGAAACUUUGAAUCCGCGACACACACACGUACACGAUGACAGGGUCGCGGCGAUAUAUAAAGUAUUGCAAAAAGAUUCAAAAGAAUAGAUAAUGACAAUGAAUACAAAAUGCUUAACCAACGUAGAUUGAAAGAUGAACUUUUUUAGAAAGAGAAGCAAUUUUUGAUUUUUAAUUUAUUAUUUUGCUUGCA